AUGACGAAAUUGCUGACACUUUUCAGCUUUGCAUUACUAUUAUUUCAACAAAUCAGUACGAAUUAUGGUGAUCAAAAGAAAUCAAUAGUGGAAUUGCGAAUACGUGAUGGUAUGAUACGUGGUUAUGAAUCCGUUAUGCUUGGCAAACGUGUUCGAUCAUUUCUUAAUGUUCCAUUCGCAGAACCACCAGUUGGUGAUAACCGUUUUCGACCACCAAUACCAAAAAAACCAUGGAAAGAUGUUAUUGAUGCUACUAUUCUAUCACCUGCAUGCUAUCAAGGUCGCGAUACAUAUAAUGAAACAUUUUGGGGUUCCGAAAUGUGGAAUCCUAAUACACCAGUUCAGGAAGAUUGCCUACGAUUAAAUAUUUGGACACCAGCCGAUGCAGACAAUUUAACCACAAUGGUUUGGCUAUUUGGUGGUGGCUAUUAUUCGGGUAGUCCAUCAUUAAUUUUAUAUGAUGGAAAAGCUAUGGCAGUUACAAGUAAUGUUGUUGUUGUAAACAUUAAUUAUCGUCUUGGACCAUUUGGCUAUCUAUAUUUCGAUCAUAAUGAUGUUCCAGGUAAUAUGGGAAUGUUAGAUCAGCAAUUAGCACUUAUUUGGAUUCGAGAUAAUAUCAUUUCAUUUGGGGGAAAUCCCUCUCAAGUUACAUUAUUUGGUGAAUCAGCUGGUGCAGCAUCUAUUGUUGCACAUUUAAUUGCUCCGGGAAGUCAGGGUCUAUUCAAACGUGGCAUCCUACAAUCCGGUAGUCUGGACAACAAAUGGUCAUUGGAUUCACCUCAACAUGCUAUGAACAAAAGUAUUGCAUUGGCUAGGCAUCACGGCUGUGAAAUGGAAAAGAUAAUUGAUACUAUUAAAUGUCUUAAAUCAAUAUCAGCUGCAAAAUUAAUUGAUGGUAUGUGGAAUAAUUUGGCAUUUUUGGAAUUUCCAUUUGUAAUUGUUUCGAAGGAUCGUAAUUUUUUCAAAGAAUAUGAUGCAUUAAAAGCACUACGAAAUCGUAAUCAUAAUAUGGAUGUUGAUUUAAUGAUUGGUAUUAAUCAUGAUGAAGGUAAUUAUUGGAAUAUUUAUUCUCUUCCGCAAUAUUUUGAUAAGCCAGAACAACCUUUAUUAAAUCAAGAUGAUUUCUUGGAUUGUAUCAAUAUCGCAUUUAAAGAGCAAUCAAAGUUGGUUCGUCAAGCAGCUGCUUUCACUUAUAUGGAUCGACAAUGCAGCAAUAUCAGUCAGAAAAAUAAAUUUUAUGCAGAACAGGUUAAUCAAAUGGUUGGUGAUUAUUUUUUUACAUGUGAUAGUAUAUGGCUUGCUGAACAUAUGAAAAAUGGCAGUGGCAAAAUUUACGUCUAUUAUUUUGAUCAACGCUCCAGUGCUAAUCCAUGGCCUAAAUGGGCAGGUGUCAUGCAUGGUUAUGAAAUUGAAUUUGUAUUCGGUGUACCACUCUAUAAUAGAACUGCUACUUAUACCAAUCAGGAACGUAUUUUCAGUGGAAAAAUAUUGAAAUAUUGGACCAAUUUUGCUAAUUAUGGAGAACCGGAUUUCGGCGAUAAAAAUCACAAUCGUUGGCCGGAAUAUCGUGAAACGGAAAAAUGGAUGUACCUACGUGCUGAUACACAAAAUAAUCAUUUCAUUGAAAGACGGAAAAAAGAAGAAUGUGAAUUGUGGAGAAAUGUAAAGGAUUUAGAAUUCACUAACUAUUUGAGAGAAAAUAGUAGUGCCAGGCAAUGGAAAUCUUCGUAUGGAUUUACAUUAGUUGUAUUUCUUUUAUUGCUCACAAUUCAAACUAUCAGGUGGUAA